AUGCAGCUGCCUUUGACUCAACCAUGCUUCUCUGGGACACUUCUUUUGCUAGCAGUGUCAAAUCUGAUCCUGUGGGCGCCUGUGACAUCUUCACGAAUUCCCCAAAUGGCCAUUGAAGUCAUAUACCAACGAUUGGCUCAAAUAUCACACUUCACCCAUGAUUAUGCUUCAAAACUGUGUACUGACUACGAUAUGAUGUUUGGUACUACUUGCACACAGGACCCAUUGUUAGUCCCCUGCCACACUGCCUCAAUCAUUACUCCAGAAAAGAGUGAACAAGUCCACCAGACAAACUCAGAAGACCUUAUGAAAAUGUCUAUCAGUAUUCUACAAGCCUGGGAAGAGCCUCUGAAGCACAUGGUGUAUGCAAUGGCUACUCUUCCUGGUAUGUCUGAUGACAUGCUGUCAAGAGCAAAAGAGUUGGAGGAAAGAAUUCACAAGCUUUUGGAGGGACUAAAGAUCUUACUCAGUAAGGCUUAUCCUGGAGAUGUUGAAAGUGACUAUAUUUCCUGGUACGGAUGGUCAGAUUUGCAGUCAUUUUAUGAGGGCACUCACUGCUAUGUUGGUAUCCUGUACCGCUGCCUGCGCAGGGAUACACAUAUGGUUGACAACUUUGUCAAGGUAUUGAAGUGCAGAGAUGUCCAUAGCAACAAUUGCUGA